UACAAAUGUAAAAACCUAAAAGAGCGGUAAAGCUAAAAUAUUGAAAUAAAGUAUGGGUGCAUAGAUGUGAAAAGUCAUUUUUUUUUGUUGCAAAUUAGUAAAUUUUUUUCCGAAUGUUGUUUAGUGAAAUUGAUCUUUCCACAAGAAGUAAUUUAAAAUAAUUUAUAAAAAUUAAUAAAUAAAACGAGCAUUUAAAAGCAGAGCCUUAAUAAAAACCAAAUAUCCAAAUAUUAAAAAAUAAUCAUAUAAUUGUACCCAUGGCAAAUUCCUUAGGAGUUAUUGUGGCUGGAAGACUGCCGGAAACUGAUUUUCAACCUGUAGGGGAGAACAAAUUUUUAAUAAAUAUACCGGACGCUGACAAUGUUAAUCAUAUAGUUGUAUUUUUAACAGGAGCAACUCCUCUGCCAAUUGGAUUAGCCGGAGCUGUGUAUUUUUCGUGGCCGGAUCCAAAUGCACCACCUUCAUGGCAAUAUUUAGGUUAUAUUUCUAAUAGCAAACCAUCUGCAAUCUUUAAAAUUUCGAAUCUCAAAAAGUUACACGAACUGGAAAAUUCAAAUAAUCCGUUGAAUAUAUUCGGUAGUCAACCUAUAUCACAUAUUGCACAAAUUGGGGUUUCUGUGGAAACAGAAGCUAGUGUAAUUCAAAUGACUUCCGCUGCUUCCAGCCCUACGACGUAUUUGCAAUUUGGUCAAAAGAUGUUAGAAAACUUUUUCAAUUUUGCAUCUAGUUUUGCUGUGACGCAAGCACAAAUGUUACCUAAUCCUAAUGAAACGUUUGUGCCAUUAUCAACACUUCAAACAUGGUUUACAAAUUUUCAAAGAAGAUUGGAACAGAAUCCAAGUUUCUGGAAAUCCUAAGUAUAAAUUUUUCAGAUACAAUUUUGUUAAAAUUUAAUUACAAUUAUUAUUCUAGUAAUUAAUUUGUUUAAAUGCUUUGUAUUAAAUAACUAAAAUAAAUUUUAAUCUAAAGCGAAA